AUGAAGUUCACCUCAGUCCUCCUCGGAUUUGCCGCCACCGCUUUUGCAAGCCCUAUUGCCAAGCGCGCCGUCUUCAGCCAAUCUACAUACAACGACCUUUCCAUCAGCGGCGGCUCUGCAGGCAACGCCCAGCAGGAAGCUCUGCAGAAGCUUGGCGGUCUCCCCACCGAUCUCUCAACUGUCGAGAAGUCUGAUCUUGACUUCCUCGACAGCGUCAACAGCAUCGCUAAUGAUGCUGAGAAAGAGGCUUUCAAUACUGCCAUUGACGCAGCCUCUGGCGAAGACGCCGACGCUCUUCAGCGCGGAAAGAUCAAGAACAAGGUCUUGAAGUUGACUGCUACCGUCCUCAAGCUCGAGGCUCAGCAGGCGCAGGGUGAAGACGUUGCUGCCAAGUUGGACGAGGAGAACAAGAAGCUUCAAAACAACAUUUCACAGGAUGAGGAGGCAGCUGGACAGGCUUCAACAUUUCUCUCAUUCGACGCGAGCACGGAGUAG